UGCUGUUUGAUGGCCGGAGGAAGAAGCGACUGAGAUCCCGGCGCGAAGGAGCAACCAGCGGGACGACGACGACGACGUACGACGGUGGCAAAGACGAGAAAAAGGGGGGACUUUUUUUUUUUUUUUUAAUUUCCCCACUUUAAACUUGGAAUUAACGUCGGGGAGAGCUCGCCAGCAGGAACCCUCCGCACGCCGUGUCUGGGUGAACAGCAGCCCCGUCUCUGCGCCUCCGUGCCCGGUGUGUGUGUGUCCGUCCCCCCCCCCUCAUCCCCUCGGCGGGUCGGGGAGUGCCGCUCCUUAGUGGCCAAAACUACACAAAUCCGAGGAAAAAAAGACAGUUUACACACUGUACUUCCAUAUUAAAGCGGAUCAGCAAGAGUCCAGGCGGCGGAGCGAAGCACACCAUUAGCAGAGGAAAAUGAGUGAACUGGAUCAGCUACGCCAGGAGGCUGAGCAGCUCAAGAACCAAAUCAGGGAUGCCAGGAAAGCGUGUGCAGAUGCUACCCUGUCUCAGAUCACAGCUAACAUUGACCCUGUUGGCCGAAUUCAAAUGCGCACUAGACGGACACUGAGGGGGCAUUUGGCUAAAAUCUAUGCCAUGCACUGGGGCACUGACUCAAGGCUCCUGGUCAGCGCCUCCCAGGAUGGCAAACUCAUUAUCUGGGACAGCUACACCACAAACAAGGUCCAUGCCAUCCCGCUGCGCUCCUCCUGGGUGAUGACGUGCGCUUAUGCCCCUUCUGGGAACUAUGUUGCCUGUGGAGGUCUGGACAACAUCUGCUCCAUCUACAACCUGAAGACCCGUGAAGGAAACGUGCGCGUCAGCCGUGAGCUGGCUGGACACACAGGAUACUUGUCCUGCUGUCGCUUCCUGGAUGACACCCAGAUCGUCACCAGCUCUGGAGACACCUCCUGUGCUCUGUGGGACAUCGAGACUGGGCAGCAGACGACUACGUUCGCUGGUCACACCGGCGAUGUGAUGAGUCUCUCUCUGGCGCCUGACGCCAGGCUGUUUGUGUCUGGAGCCUGCGAUGCCUCAGCCAAGCUCUGGGACAUCAGAGAAGGAAUGUGCCGACAGACCUUCACUGGCCACGAGUCAGACAUCAAUGCCAUUUGCUUCUUCCCUAACGGCAACGCCUUUGCCACGGGCUCAGACGACGCCACCUGCCGGCUGUUCGACCUGCGCGCCGACCAGGAGCUGAUGGUUUACUCACAUGACAACAUCAUCUGCGGAAUCACCUCUGUGGCAUUCUCCAAGAGCGGCCGCCUAUUGCUGGCCGGCUAUGAUGAUUUCAACUGCAAUGUCUGGGACACUUUGAAGGCAGACCGUGCAGGAGUCCUUGCUGGCCAUGAUAACCGGGUGAGCUGCUUGGGCGUGACUGACGACGGCAUGGCCGUGGCGACAGGGUCCUGGGACAGUUUCCUCAAGAUCUGGAACUAGAGUCUGAAGAUGGCAUCCGGACUCCAAAGUUGAGUGCAAGACCAUUCCAUCAAAAUGUUUAAUUUCGUUGCAUAUCCAAUCGUUUCAAAAAAACAAAAAACGACAAAAAAAAUUAAAAUAAAAUAAACACCCACUCACAACCACCACACACACACACACACACACACACACACACAGACACCCACAACCACACACGCACACACACACCAUGAUACUGACUCAAAACACCUCUUAAAAAUCUAUCAAGGGCAAAAUGUCUCUCCUUCUCUCUAUUUCUCAAUUAAAAGAGCACAAUUGUCUGUCACUCAUUCAGCUACAAAAAAAACGAUUCUCGAGGAAUGAAGUGGUUUCAAAGUGGAUCGGAGAGGAAAGUUGUGCAUUCCUCUGUGGUCUGGAAUAGUUUUUGAUGAAUAUACGAAACCCCCACCAGUGCUACCACACCACAAGGUGAACAUGUCCUGCAUCCUCAUUAUGCACCAGUGAAGGCUAUUACAUGACAGUGAUCGAACUCUUAAUCGUUUUUUGACCAUGUUUGUUUUUGUUUCUCCGUUUUCAUUAUUAUAUUUUGAAGAGAGGUAGAUCAGUGAACUGUCAGUUAUUGUUGAAAAAUGAGGAUCAAAGCUUUGUUUUAUUUCCUAGUCUUUACACAUUUUAGAGGGGCUGAACAGUGAAAUGAACUCCAGAUCAUGUCAUGUUUAAGUCCAGCUUUAUCCCACUGGAGAACAAAGAGAGAAUUAAGCUUCAACAGGGAGUCCUCAAGCCACUUCUGGCCCUUCUGUAUAUUUAGCCCUGUCAUACUUUUACCGUUUCUUUUUUCCAGUGUAGUCCACCAAUCUUUGUUUGCACAAAAAAUUAAACUUUGCAUAUAUAGAAUAAUGUCUAAAGAAAAAAAAAGUUAACUAACCAAGCACAUGCUGUUUAUGAUGAUGAAUGCUCGUUUUUAAAACGCAAAACAAACAAAAAAAUUACAAACCAUUUUAACCAUUCUUACACCUUUUUGUCUGGCAACAGUGUAGAAUAAUUAAAUGAAGAUUCACCCAUCGGAUCAUAUCCACUCCCCACCACCCGUAUUCGUUUUUUUUUCUUCUUCUUCUUCUUGGGUUUUGUUUUCCCUGGUUUCUGUUGCCCGUGGUUGGGACCGGUGAUGUGACGUGGUCAGGUAGGGACUAACUCCAUCUUAGCCUGGUUGCAAUCCGGACGUUUCUCUUUGAACAGAGGUGCCCAUUCCGUGCUUGGAAAUGCAGUUACUACUCUGUGAAUGACAUGUUGUAUAAAUCAAUGUUUGAAAAUAAUGAUAUUGAAACUUUUUAAGUUAAAAACAUAAAAAAAAAGAUUUUGGUUGUCUGCCAUGGGUGGGUUAUCUCUUAGAAUCGCAUGCUGUAGAAUUGCUUAAAAAGGUGCAUAUGGAAUUAAGUCCUUUUUGAUGUUUUUCUUUAAGAAAAUAACCUGUUGAAUAUAUCAAUACAAUGGUAUUUAUAUUUUUCUUUUUCUCUUUUUUUUUUUCCUUCUUUUUUUUGCUACUCUGUGCAUACACGAUUCAACUAAAAGCUAUGCACUGGAGAAGCAAACCCUGCAACAUGAACGGUUACUCGGUCCAUACUUGGGAGGGAUUCCACUAAUUAACAAGUUACGUACAUGCUUAAAUUGUACACACAUGCAUACGUACAUCCAUUCACGUAAACAUACGCAGUCCAAAUGGAUCAAAUAAAUUUUCAUUCCUUCUGUAGCAGACAAAAUUCCAUUUACAAGCAAACAUUUUAUAACAGGUUUUUUUUCUGUCCUUU